AUGCACUAUAAAACUCGGCAUCGGGCCUGCCACCAUACAAGCGAUACCUCUGAUACCACGCCUCUGAUCAAAGAGGCUAUACAGCGAGAGGUCCAGACCUCCUAUCAGGGAGCCUGUGGAAACCAUCAGAAGCAUACGAUGACUUCGGGAAACGCCGCAGGGCCGCAGACGAUGAUUCGACUGCGAUUCAGCCACAAGAUUUCUACACCAGAGGCCUGGUGGGUUCCUUGCCAGACAGAGGGACCUAAAACAGGCCGAAUGAAUAGAGACACGGGAAACAGUCGUUAUAUGAAAGAGAACAUAAAACAAGAAUGUGAUCGUUUGGGAUGGAUGAGUCGGCUGCGUCCCAAGCCCCAUCGGCAGAAGUUCAUCCAGGAGAAAGGAGGACCGAAUGCUCACUAG